AUGCGCCAGGAUCAAACCGAUCGCACUAAAUUACUUUUGAGACGUUUAGAUUCUGUUUAUGCCAGUGGAAAAGCUAUCAAAACUGUUUUCAGCUACGAGGCCUACGGCUAUCGGCUCAGGUUAAAAGAGACGUUGCAAAAACUUAUGUUUAUCGACUCCGGUUUUCAUACUCGUAAAGCUGAAGAACUUAUUUGGCGGAAAGUGUUUUACGAACCUCUGUAUCUGUAUAAACUUUACGUUAAAAAUAAUGACACUGUUGACCACAUCAAUGAAUUUGAAUCCGCACUGAAAAUGCACCUCAUAAGUGGGGUUGGCUACUAUCAGUCACUUGUACUGUAUUCACAACCGGAAUCUUUCAAAGACCAGAAUGCACUGGGCGCUUGGCUGCCCGUGCCGUUUCACAUUCCCGUAUAUGCAGCAGGCGGAGCUUAUGAGCCUGAAUUACAGCCCCAAUCUUCGUCUCAUUCCGCACUAUCUGAUGGGAAACUGAUUCAGAAGUACCUCAUGUACAUUGGGGAUUUGUUUCGUUAUUUGCUGGAACUCGGUGAACCGAUUGGCAAGCCAUUGGCCUAUAGUUAUUAUAAUGCUGCGCUCAACUUUGAUCCAAACACUGGCCUACUUCACAACCAACUUGGUAUUCUGGAUGUGGGUCGAUGUUAUGGGCUGAACGCAAUAUUCCAUUAUCUACGCUGUUUAUGCUCAGCAACUCCUUUUGAAGACGCAAGGCGCAAUUUGUUAACCGUUUUGGCAAAGAAUCAGAUUCGCUACCAGAAGUUGUUCGGUGAGAAGCCCGUCUUUGGGCUCUACAUACGAAAACCAAGUCGGUACAGACCGAAGGAUUUUCGGAAGACCAUAACAAAGUUCAUCUACCUAGUUCAGCAUUUUAUUCGUCCCCGCUCAAGUGAUACCAACGGUUGUGACCCAGCUUUGUCACACGUUUUCCAUGACACUCUGUUCGAAUUGCACCUCAUGCUGUCCAUCAGCGCUGAAUUGACCCUGGAGCCUGAAGUCGCUCCUUUUGAAGAUGGCGGUUGCCUUAGCGAAGGGGCGUUCCAAACAGAGGCCGACGAAGUAACCAUGCGACGACACAGUUCUUUGUUUUGUGAAAGACUCACUGGUCCAAUCUUUGUCCGUAUUGCGAUGAUCACUUUGCUCACUGCGAAUAUGCGUAUACACGAGUGUGUGCUGCGCAAUGAAAAUUCGGAGGAAGGCAGUCAUUCCAAACAGGAGCCAUCUGCAGAUAAAAGCGUGGAUAACGCUACUGAAUCGGACAGCGAAAAUCUAGAGGCUUCCACUGGAUCGGCUUCACUCUCUGGGACAUCCUCUUCUUGCGGUCACGUUUUGGAACCUUUUGGACCACUGUCCUUUCUACUCCAGUUAAACGAGCUGUUUAUGGCCCAUGUCUCUCGACAGUUGGACGAGCACACCCCCAGGUCAAUGAAUCAGUACACUUUUGACAGCGGCAUAAAAAGUGCACAAAUGAGUACCAUUCCCGAAGCACACGAUUCCUCGAUAUCCCGAAAUCGAUGUGAUGGAGACACUUCUCAUGAACAUAAAUCUAACGCAGUUGAACCCCUUGAAAUCACCUCAAGACACAACAGAUGCCCGUCUCGUGGAUCGUUACCUGACGACCCUCGUGAGGGUACCACACCAGCGUCCAAACGACCUUCGCAGUCAACUCAAGAUGAGUCGGAAGAUGAAAAUGACGUGUUGGACGAAGACACCCUGCACCGAUUUGUUCGCCAUCACUCGGACGAUGAAUCAGAUCCAGUGGAGGAAGACGAGGAUGAGGAGCUCGCCGAUAGUGAUGAUGCCGAUUCCAGUGGGGACUUAUGGAGCCCGGAUGACUCUAGUCUGCUGCAUUCACAGGAUGAGAUGCAUACAUCAGAUUCUUCCUCAGCAGAUGAACUGCGCUCGUAUGUCAACCAGCGUCUACGACGUGCACAUCUCGUUAAUCCGGACGUAAAACGCUUCAGUAAAACUGUCGUCUUACCUGGUGACGGAAACGGGUCUGCAUCCGUGUCUGAGGAGAAUGCAUCACGUAAGACCGGGGAUCGGAGACCACUGGACACAAUAAGAGAAGAGCACUCUUCUUGCGAACUUAAAGAGCAUCGGCAUAAACGCUCGUCCAAAAACUGUCGUUCGCCGCGACACAGUUCACCCAAGGCUUCUCGUUCUGGCGUGCAGAGAAAAAACAUCCGGGAUUCCGAGGUACGCUACUCCAAACGCAUCCCUCAUCGCGAUUUGUCGGAACCUUACACCGACGCAGGGCCGCGUGAAGAAGUCGAGAGUUUGCCCGCUUAUCAACCCUCCGGCUAUUCGGAUAUCACAUCUCAGGCUAGUAUAAUCAGUCGAUUAUACCUAUUGGCUUCGAUCAAACUCAUGCUGGAUUGGCUGUGUGUUGACGACUGCCGCUUCGUUCGCCUUCUCGCUUCUAGCGCAGCCGCCGGAACGGAUACCAGACACAUUGCUGUGCGUUACAUCUUGCAACGCUGGUGCACGCAGCUCGCCCGUUUUCUUAACCAAUUGUAUCCAACGUUUGGACACCUGACCAAUGAGUUGCUGAACAUCAGCGCUGAUGGUCCGAGUACUGCGAUUCCGGAUGCUUCUGGUGCUUCUCGGGACAGCUCGAAACUACCGGUACUAACUGACGUUUUGUCUGCAUUCGGAGCGUACGCCAUUAAACAUGACCUGCUUCCGGCGGAUGGUCAAACAGGGAUUGAUAACGAAACCGCUGCCUCGUCAAACUCGCCACUGGUCCGGCAAACCUUCCCAUUGCCAGAAGACUGGCUCUUACGUGGUCUUCCAUCGUUGAAACCGUUUCACAAACACAUGGAUUUCAAUCGAGCUGUGAUCAUGGUACCGUUCACUCGGUUGGAUGAA